AUGCAGUCGGACCCGUCGACGAGGGUCAGCUCUCCGGACCUGGAGAAGGGGGAAUGGAUAGGGGAGAAGAGCGAAGCGAUCAAGGCCGCUCGUAGGGAAGAGCGCAGGCAGAAUCGUAAGAGUGCUGCUGUCUUCAUCAAACGUCACGUCGCCGAAAUCAUACAAAGACAAGAAUUUGUCCUCAAACUCGCUCGUGCCAUGAUGAUGUUCGGCGGCCCAUCCCACCGGCUACAAGCGCAAAUCCAAGCCACGGCGCGCGUGCUCGAUAUUUCACUAUCGUGCAUGUACCUUCCCGACGUCUUCCUCAUCUCUUUCGACGAUCCCGGUACCGGCACUUCCUCCAUCAAACUCAUCCGCCAGGCUUCCACUCUCGAUAUUGGCAAACUCCAGGAGACCAACAAAGUUUAUUGGAAGGCCACGCACGACGAGAUCAGCGUGAAGGAGGCGAGCGAGGAGUUGGAUAGGCUCAUGUUGGCGAAGCCGUUCUAUGGAAUGCCGGCUAUCAUCUUCUUUGGAGGGAUGGCGAGCGCGAGUAUAUGUAGUGUGGGAUUCAAUGGGAGUUUGAUUGACAGUUUGAUAUCGUUUCCGUUAGGAGCAUUCGUAGUCUUCAUACAGCUCAUCGCCGCGAGGAAUGAGCUGUAUUCGAAUGUAUUUGAGAUUACGAUGACGACAUUGAUGAGCUUCUUAUGCGGUGCUCUGUCUGCGUCGAGAGUGUUUUGCUUUCCCGCCAUCGUCUCCAGUUCAAUCGUGCUUAUUCUCCCUGGUUUCAUUGUCCUCAUCGGCUCCCUUGAACUCGCGUCACGUCAGAUCGUUGCAGGUGCCGUGCGGGUCGGCUUUGCUAUCAUGUUUUCUCUAUUCUUCGGGUUCGGACUUGCGCUUGGUGCUCAGAUUUACCAACGAGUGUCCCACACGAACAUCGUUGGAAUCGAGGACUAUACGUGUAUUGAGAGUCAUAGGGAUGAUUUGUGGUAUCGGAAGACACCAAGCGUGUAUUGGGCAUUCCUUACGGUGCCGAUGUUUUCGAUCUUCCUGAGUCUCCGGAAUAUGGCCCCGUGGAAUCGGAAAGAAAUCUUGCCGCUCGUCCUUAUCUCCUGCAUCGGCUGGGUAACGAAUCAUUUCACGGCCACCGUGUUCGUAAACCAGCUCGAUGUUAGCGCCGCAGUUGGUGGCUUCGCGGUGGGUUUCAUCUCCAAUAUCUACGGCAAGAUGUUCCGCGGAAAUGCCUUUGUUGUCAUGAUUACCGGCAUUCUCUUCCAACUUCCCUCUGGCCUGUCCAACAACGGCCUUCUGCAUUUCGCCUCCGAAUCUUCCCAGGGGUACUCAGAAUCUUACCUGUCCGGCUUCCAGGUUGCUUUGCAACUCAUAUCGGUCGCGAUAGGUCUGACCGUAGGGUUGAGUAUCUCAUUGGUGAUCGUGAAUCCGAUCUUGAGCCGACGAAGGAGGAGUGGGGUGUUCAGCCUGUGA